UUUAACAAGACCGACCAGAGAGCGCCACACAACAAGCAGUGUCCCGUCGACAGACAGGACGCUGUGGUUCCUCCAGGCUAACGUUACAGUUUGUCGAAGUGGAAACGGGACCGCCUUCAGUCUCCUGAGAAGACGACGAAGGCCGUCUGGUCUGCACUUUUCUUUCUUUGGAGACUGAAAGCAAACGGUUCUCAGAGGACGCCUGCUGUCAGUCAGGACGAUGAAGCUCUCCACCCUGCUGCCCUCCUUUGGACUCCUAGCCUGCUCUCUAGUGUUAACGUGGCCGCUGUUUGGGUCGUGUCAUCCCGCACCGACCCCGCAGCAGCCCGGCCUGGUGUUCCUGGAGCGGUUUACCCGUCAAAGUGUGGGGUUUAACUGGGGAAAUCUCACCUGUCCCCUGUGCAAAGCGUUCUUCACCAUCCUCGACGUCGCCCUGCUGACUAACACGAAUGAAGAGCGAGUGGCCCGUGCAGUGGGAGAGGCAUGUAUCCGUCUCCAUCUGGCAGACGAGCAGGUGUGUCGACAAAUAACGGAGUUGUUCCGGGAUGACUUCAUCCGGGCUGUGGAGGAGUCCGUGCUGUGGCCCACUGAGGUGUGCGCCCUGCUCGUGGGCCCUUCCUGUGGCAAGUUUGACAUCUAUGCCCUGUGGAACAUCACCCUGCCGAAGGUCCCCAAGCCCCCUGUUACACCCCCUGUUCUUCCCAAACCUGGCUCUCCACAGAGCAGGGUCCUGUUUCUAACGGACAUCCACUGGGACCAGGCAUAUGUAGCCGGCAGUGCCGGAGACUGCAAGGACCCUCUGUGUUGUCGCAGUGACUCGGGCUCUCCCAGCUGGCGGCAGAGGGAGGCCGGGUUCUGGGGAACCUACAGUAAGUGUGAUCUGCCUCUACGGACGGUGGAGAACCUCCUGGAGAACGCCGUCAGAGACGGGCCCUGGGACUGGGUCUACUGGACCGGAGACAUACCAGCGCACAAUAUUUGGUCUCAGACCCGGAAACAGCAGCUGUCGGAGCUUACGGUCAUCUCCAGGCUCAUCCACAAACACCUGGGGCCCAACGUGACGGUGUACCCUGCUAUAGGGAACCAUGAGAGCACACCAGUGAACAGCUUCCCCCCACCAUUCGUUCAUGGCAACAGGUCCUGCUCCUGGCUCUACGAUACAAUGGCAGAGGAAUGGGCACCGUGGUUACCAAAGCAGGCUUUGAAGACUUUAAGAUAUGGAGGAUUCUACACAACGGAGAUUCAGCCCGGUCUGAGGGUGGUCUCUCUCAACAUGAACUUUUGUGCUCGAGAGAACUUCUGGCUGAUGGUGAACUCUACUGAUCCUGCUAACCAGCUGCAGUGGCUGGUCCAUAUUCUGCAGGCUAGUGAGGACAAGGGAGAGAAGGUCCAUAUAAUUGGUCACAUUCCACCUGGCCUGUGUCUUGGCAGCUGGAGCUGGAACUACUAUCACAUUGUCAACAGAUAUGAAAGUACAGUUACUGGACAGUUUUUCGGCCACACGCACCUCGAUGAGUUCCAAAUGUUUUAUGAUGAGGAAACCAUGACCCGCCCACUGGGAGUGGCGUUCAUUGCGCCCAGUGUCACUACUUACAUUAAUCUUAACCCAGGUUUCCGUGUCUACUAUGUGGAUGGUAACUACCAAGGCAGUUCCAGGCUGGUGCUCGACCAUGAAACUUACAUCCUGAACCUCACGGAGGCCAACCACAGUCCAGGAGCACCGAGUAGCCUGGAACAGAACCCCAAAUGGACACUUCUGUACCGCGCCACCGAGGCCUACGGGCUGACAAGUCUGUUCCCUUCCGACUACGACGGGAUGCUGCGGACCUUUAUCAAAGACGACCGGGUCUUCCAGAAGUUCUGGUACUUAAGAUUUAAAGGACACGUGUCAGCGCCCUGCCAGGAGAUGUGCAAAACCACUCUGCUCUGCUUUCUGCGAAGCGGGCGAUACGACGAGCUGGAGCAGUGCGACUUCAUCAAUGGUUUUGGAGGAAACUUGGCACGGGCCGCCAGAAAAACCCUCUGUUGACCAGAGGUCUGGGUGAGGGAAAUGUAGGACCAAAUCUGAAAUUCUGCCAAAGUGUAUUUUCUGUUGCUAGUUGUUCAAGGAUUGUUUAAGAGCAAAGUCACGAGAGCUAGUCAUUACCUGACAUGUCUGAAGAACUUAGUUAUGCCUUGUGUUGUCAGUCAUGUUUCUACAAAGACGUCUGACUGAUUGUGAUUGUAACAGGCUCUGGGUUUGUCAGCUGUUUUGCAAUGUCAAUUUCGUAAAGACUGCUUGAAAUGGUCCUGAACUGUGUUCUAGUUGCUUGAAAUGCACAAAACUGCAGGAGUUUGGUUGUUUGAACAUCAUGAGUUUGGCAAUUCUGUUGUACUUGGUGCCUUGUAUCAGGAAAAAUUAUUUUAAACAUAUCUAUCUUUAGCAACAAUCUUGUGACUCUAAAAUGAUGUUCUGAAGAAUAGCUUGAAAUUAAUCUCAAGAUAAACUUCAUAACAUCAGAGAAUUAGAGUUUCUUUUAAAUUGUGACGCAGUACUUUCUGUCCCACUCAAAAUGAAUCAUGACAGGUUUUGAUAAGUGAAAAGCUGGCAGAAGGAUUCAUUGAAUGUGUUCAUCAAAGUGGGGAGGUUGCAAAGCUAAUGCCAAUAUGGAAACCUAUUUGGUAGCCUAUUAAUUGAAUGUGGUGCAAUAAUGGAUCUCAGGUUUGAGCUUUGCAGAGUUUCUAAGCAGCAAAUCGUAUCUCUGCCCAGUCACUUUGACGUCCAUCUGCACUUUUAUUUUAAUUUUUUUGGUGGGGAUUUAGGCCAGUACAGUAUUUACUUUAAAUCGGCUCUGCCUCAGAAACCACUUCUUCAAAACUAGAUAUAGGAGGGUAAAAACACUGUUGUAGCCACUGAGGUUCAAUGCCGUCUGCACUUUAAUUGUUUUGCUAGUUAAUGUUCAGGUUUGAUGCAAAGUGUGACAAGCAUAGGAAGGCCGUCGGCUCUGUGGUGUAACAUGAGCAACAAUGUGAAGAGAUUGUAUAAAAGAUGUAAUCUGAUACUGUUUGCUUUGAGGGGAUAAACAUGAAAUGCAAAUGAAAA